AACAUGCCCCAAACUUGCAGCGACGAAGUGAAAUCGCCAUUCAACAACGCCCAUCCUGGACCUGGCGAUAAAGUGAGCAAUUUUCAAGAAUUUCCAGCAACGGAAAGUUUUAUCAUGAGGGGAAUUUGUGCACAGGCCGAACGGGUAUCAGGUCUAUCUGGAUGAUAGAAAUGGAAGUGGAUUCAUGGACUUUGUAUGUUGUCCUGACAACCCUUGCCUGUGUCCAAUGGAAGGUCAUAAACGGCGAUAUUUCGAACAACACACAUCACAGAGGACGGCAUGCACACAGGCGACUUGAAAUAAUUGAGCAGGUCUUGGCCACGUAUGACAAAAGGAUCCCGCCGAACUUCGAAAGUGAUGAGCCACUUGAAGUGCGAUGUAACAUGUACAUAGCGGCGCUGGAUUCUAUAAGUUUUAAGAAUAUGGAAUUCCGCGUCUCCUUCUUCAUGAGGCAGCGAUGGAAUGACCCGAGGCUAACAUUUGAACCCUUAGGCAACGAAACCAUGUUAAAUCUUGACUCCCGUAUGGCAAAUGACCUAUGGACACCCGAUCUCAUCUUUCUCAUGGAGAAAAAAGGCCGCGUCCAUGAUAUCACUGUUCCCAAUAAGCUGAUACGCAUGUACAGUAAUGGGGAUGUUUUAUAUAGCAUGAGGCUUUCUCUGACCAUCGCCUGCGCAAUGGCCCUCCAAAAGUUCCCACUUGAUACCCAGAUAUGUGGCAUUGAAUUCGAAAGCUUCGGCUACACCCGCGACAGGUUAGAGUUUGUCUGGGAUGAUACAGACCCCGUCCUUUUCAACAAAGAUAUGCAGUUGGCCGAGUUUCGUCUAACCGAUAUUAGCCUGGAUGUUUGUCAUAAGUCAUACACAACCGGUGAAUUUCCCUGCCUCCUCGUCCAUUUCGCCUUGACCCGUGAGAUUGGGUUUUACAUGAUCCAGACGUUCGUCCCCAGCGCACUGAUCGUUAUGCUUUCAUGGGUCUCCUUCUGGAUCAACGCCGAUGCCGUCCCGGGACGUGUGACGCUAGGGGUCUCCACGGUUCUCACCAUCACUACCCAGAAUGCCGGGGCCAGGCAGGGAUUGCCACACGUGUCAUACGUCAGAGCCAUUGACGUGUGGAUGACAUCAUGCAUGGCGUUCGUCUUCGGCGCCUUGGUAGAAUAUGCAUUUGUUAACGUCCUCAGUCGGAGAGAGGUUAGGAAGACUGUGAUAAUCCGACAGAAGUCGAAUAGACUUAGCAAAGGUCACGUGAUAGGCGAAAACGGGCAGUUGAUUCCAGGAAGAAAGUUCGGCACGACCAGCUUACCUCACGAUGUGGAAAAGGUGGAAUACGUCCGGGACCCGGAAGGGCGGGAAAAGGCCAGGAUGGUGGAUAAGAUUUCCCGCGCAGCUUUCCCAGUGACUUUUGCUGUGUUCAGCAUCAUCUAUUGGGCAGUCUAUGCCACGUGACGAUGACGUCAUUUGCCUUACUCUCAGGGACAUCAUGCGACCACAUUGGACUAUCUCCAGGGAGACAAAAUGCACCUUUACGCCAACGGGUUUCCUGAGACAGUGGUUGUUUAGCAGGAUUAUCUUUUGUCUUCUUUACAUCAUUAUGACGAUUUUACAAUCGACUUUAUCAGACGAAAUUCAGGAAUGACCGAACUUUUUCAGAUUUUAUUACACCACCGAAAACCUCUCACGGCGUUGUCUUGAUCAUAACCUUCUUCUUCUUCUGCGUUCAGAUUUUCAUAACCAUUAUAACCUCAAGUUGUGCGCCGCGACAAAAUCGGCUGUUUGUUGCAGGUCUUCGGCUGUUCCCCAUAGCUUAGUCUUCAGUGACAAUGGCUCCGGCCAAAAUUCCUGUCUUCUUUUCAUCAAGGGACAGUCCUGCAGAAUGUGCCUUGGCGUUUGGUCGCCGAGUCCACAUUCGCAGGAAGCAGUUGGAUGGAGCCCAAGUCUCUUCAGGUGCUGGUGGAGUUUGCAGUGCCCUGUACGGAGUCGAUAGAUGGAGACUUGGCCUUUUCUGUCAAGUUGGUGGAUGCUGAUCAUAACCUGACUUGGACUUACAUGCAUAUCUCUGUGUUUUCAACUGGCCAAAGCGGUGUAGCGGGUGAUGUCCGUGAGAGGACACCUGUCUUUCAACACUAUUUUCAAAUAGUGCGACUGAUUGUGAUUUUAUUAUUUUUUAGUGCCGAAGACACAAAUA